AGCGGACCCAACAAACCGUGUAACUGUCAUUACCACCCCAAUGGAGACCUCCGCUACUUAGGAUAUGCAAGUUUGUUCCUUAUGUGAGGUGGAAACCAACUCUAUUAUUAUUGUUUUUAUUAGCAUAUCCGCUUCAAAACAAAUCAUAGACAAUUCGUCAUGCUUGCUCAUGCCCCUGUAGUGGGACGACCUUAUCGCUCCAAAAGGCAAAAGCCCUGUUCGGCAUGUCGCCAAAGACGGGUUUGCUGCGUCCGUGAAGGGAACUCGGCCUGCGCCUUGUGCAGUAGGCGUGGUCUGGACUGCGUUGUCGAGCCAAUUGCAGAAAAGAAAAGAGACGCUUCGGAGAAGACUCGUACCUUCAAAGCAUCAGCGCUAAAUCCUUCACCUAGUAGGGAUCACUUCAAUGUAAACACCACUAUACCUUCAUCUACAAGGAGGGUCUCAGAGCAUAUUUUCCAAUAUGUUGGGCCAAGUGGUGACUACGACCCGUUUAUUUUGCUACAUCGCUCGCAAGAGGGUGCUGUUCGGGAUGGCGUUAUCCACUGGGCAUGGCAGAGAGUCAGCAAAAAUUCCCACUAUCCGAUUCACUUUUCGGGGUUUCCAGCCGAACAUCUGGACGCAAGUCCAACGUACUAUCCGCAGAACAAGAUUGAAGCCGUGAUCGAGCCAUAUCGUGAGGCUUUGAUCAAUGCUUACUUUGACGUCGUUCACAAAUCAUUCCCCGUGCUUGGCCCGCAGACUCCUCUUACCAUUUCUAACCAACCAACACUGAUGGUUUCCAUUUACUGUUUGGCUCAGCCUUAUCAUCCCCCUGCCCAAAGUGUUGAUCCGUGGCUUUUCACCGAUUUCAAUAAACAAGCCCUUCCUAUUGAAACCCACACUGCACAGCUAGAAACGGUGGAAGCUGCUCUACUAUUUGCCCAACGGCACGCCUCCCUCAUUCGAGCACCCACUAUGCCUGGGAUGAGUUCUGAGGUUGGAAGUCUGGUUGGCAUUGGCCACGACCUGGGAUUGAAUGUUGAUCCGGAACAUUGGGAUAUCUCAGUCUCGGAAAAGAGGAGGCGGAGACGACUCUGGUGGGGAACUUUCAAUGAAGAUAAAUGGACGGCAUUCGCUCUUGGGCGACCCUCACAUCUUCACGAUAACGAUGCCAAUGUAGCCAUGCUAAAGCUGUCGGACUUUGCAGCUGAAGGCUCGGAAAUUCCUACUCCCGAUAAUCAGGCCCCAGCUAAAGUGUUCAUUGCAAUGACGGAAUUGAGUGUCAUAUUAUCUAAUAUUCUUGGUGCCUUCUAUACGGUGAAAGCAAUUCAUGUGCACCCAGUCAUUGGAUUAGAACAGCUUGAGAUUUCGUGUGCCGAAUUUGAAGCUAAACUAGAAACAUGGCGCACCAGUCAUCUGGACCCAUUAAUAGGAGAAAAACUCUUCCCAGAUCCAACGGGGUCACUUGAGCUUGCCUUCUACGCCGUGCAAAUAGCUCUCUAUCGUGCAUGUGUGCGGAUUGUCUUUCAUCUCGAGGCUCAGACAGUAGACUUUGCUUCCAAACUCCGCCAGCGUGGAAUGGAGAUUGCAUCGUCAGUGGUACAUCUUCUAGAGGUGCUGUCCGUAGCUCGUAGGUCAGCGUUUUGGUUGGCAGUAUCCCAAAUCAACUUCGCAAUGGCGGGCAGCUUUAUGAUAUUCAUGUUCCUUCACUCCAUCUUGGAUGGAGAGAAUGAUUACUGGAUAAAUAAGUUAUCAAAGUACCGAACCCUUCUACGUGCUCACCUACCAGGUUUUGGUGUUACGAAACAUGCAUUGAUCCGACUCGAUCUACUCGCCAGCUCCGCAAACCUCAAUCAGUGCCUGACCGAACACAAUUCAGCAUCAGUAUCAUCCGGGGUUGUGCCCAAACCAAUUACUUCAACGCCUCAAAUAUCAGUGGAUUCCUGGGUAUAUGAUCAUAUCAACUCUGGUCGAGAGCAACCGAGUGUGGAUUGGCUUUCAUUAUUAUCGGCUGAAUGGGAAAAUGAUGCAGAAAUGUUCUAAUUAUGCAAUAAAUGUAUAGCGACAUGCGAAAAUCAGUGCAGCAACUACCAGAUGAAGGUUCAGGACUGUUAGUAGUUGUGGGUGUUAGUGGUUAUCAUGUAUAGUAUCGUCGUUUUGAUUGAAUAAUA